UCUUUGGUAGUUCUUUUGAUGUAUCUGAAACAAAAGGAUGGGAUUCUUCAGAAGGAUCUAUGUAGGAUCAUGUAGAUUAGCUUGUCUGAGAUUGCUUUCUUAUCCCUUUAAUGCGUGCAUUAGGUUUAAGCUCGUCGAGUCAUUGAUUCCUAACAAGAUCUCAGAUCGAGAACGUUCUGAUGGGCCGUGCUCGGCUGUUAGCAACCGUUCCACGAGUUUGCUUGGAUUGGAAUUUGAUAGGAUGAUUCUGAUAUUUGGAUCGGAUCGGUUGCCUUUGUCACUAGUUAACGAUCCGACGAGGUUGAAGGAUCGGCGUGUAGAGAUGGCGGGGACCGUUUUCACUCCCUCGCUGGAAGGAAUGAAGCAUGUCAAGUCAGAGAAUGGAGUAAUAUUAACAAAGCCAUUUCUUGAUGUGUGCAAGCUUAUUCUGCCAGUUCUAGAUAAGUUUGGAGCAGCUAUGUCUAUUGUCAAGUCUGAUAUAGGGGGUAAUAUUACGAGGCUGGAAACGAAAUAUAAUUCUGAUCCAUCAAAGUUUGAACACUUGUACAGUAUGGUGCAAGUUGAAGUCGAAGCUAAAACAGCAAAAGGUUCUUCCAGCUGUACCAAUGGGCUUCUGUGGUUGACGAGAGCAAUGGACUAUCUGGUGGAGCUAUUCCGGAACUUGCUAGAUCAUCAAGACUGGAUCAUGUCACAAGUUUGUACUGAUUCCUAUAACAAGACUUUAAAGAAAUGGCAUGGGUGGCUUGCAAGUUCCAGCUUUACGGUUGCUAUGAAACUUGCUCCUGAUCGGAAGAAAUUCAUGGAGGUUAUUAGUGGAUCGGGUGACAUCAAUGCUGACAUGGAGAAAUUUUGCACAACCUUUGCCCCUCUUCUAGCAGAGAACCACAAGUUCCUGGCGAGCGUGGGUCUAGAUGAUUUGAAGGCAUCUUGAUGCAAGGACGUACCCUUGAUGACGCCUGCUCUGCUACCAGUUUUAUUAUUUCCAUCAGUACGAAGAAAACAGUAGUGCAAGGAAUAAGUCUUCCUUCUAAUUUUGUUCUAUUGCCCGUUGAGUCAUAAUGACAAAAACAAUAGCACAAGCAACUAGACGUUGUUAUUUUGUUUCUCCUUAAUGCAUAAUAUUCUGAUAUGUUGUUUUUA